AUUAGGAUUCAUGGAGUUUUUGAAACCUGCCUCAAAGAUGAUUAAUGUGAAAUCAAAGAAUUUGAACUUAAAUUUAGAUGAAAAUAUUUCACAUAUUUGUGCAGGCUAUGGAAAAAUGUAUUUUAAAUUUGAUAAAUAUUUAGAAUUGAUCUCUGAAUUUAUUGAAGAAGUAAAGGAUGCCAUAACUUCAAGAGAUCCUCAAAAACUUGUUAAAAUAACAGAAACUUACGGACAAUUCAUCCCAACAAGGGAUAGUCCAUCCGUACUAAAUUAUUGAAAAUGAUUGAAUCCUUAAAACUUGACAAUUCGACACUCCAAUUGGAAUUCAAAACCUCGAUCUAUUAUACAACUCUCACAUUAUGAUAUUUACAUCCUAAAGAAGCUCACGUAGUUACAACAUUACGACUCUUCAAUAUCUAUUAGCAAAAUACA